AAUCACCUCUGGGUUAUUUUAUUUUUUCUUAAACCAAAAACCACUGAAAAUGUUGAAAAAAAAAGUUUUUUCUUAGUUUUUGUUAUAAAAUUUUGUAAAUAAGUUUUUUUUCUCCUUCACUGAUGUGCGCUAAUGAGGCUGCAGUGAUGGGCACUGAUAGGCGGCACUGACGCACACUGAUAGGCGGCACUGACUGGCACAGAUAUGUGGCACUGUUUGGCGGCACUGACAGGCGGCACUGACUGGCA